AUGUCCGCCCCAAAGCCUCGUGUCCUCUUCGUCUUGACCUCUCACAGCGUCCUAGGUGCAUCGGGCAAGCCUACUGGCUGGUAUCUGCCAGAAUUCGCCCACCCGUACCAUGAGUUGCACGAGGUUGCGGAUAUCACAGUAGCGUCUCCAGCCGGCGGUGAAGCUCCUCUUGAUCCUGGGUCGGUUGAGGCUUGGAGGCAGGAUGAAGUUUCAGCCCAAUUCUUGGAGAAACAAUCCUCUCUGUGGAAGAAAACAGACAAACUCGAGAGUUUCGUGGGCAAGGCCAAGGACUUUGCAGCGGUCUUCUAUGUAGGCGGACACGGUCCAAUGUACGAUCUUGCUACGGAUCCAACUUCGAUCCAACUCAUUCGCGAAUUCUUCGAAGCCGGCAAAGUUGUGGCGGCUCUGUGCCACGGGCCCGCCUCUCUGGUAAACGUUAAGCUCUUGGAUGGCAGCUACCUUGUGGCAGAUGCAGAGGUGACGGGCUUCUCCAACGCCGAAGAGGAUUCAGUGGGACUGUCCCAGUUCAUGCCAUUCAUGCUGGAGACCGAACUCGACAAACACAGCAAUGGAAGGUAUCGAAAGGCAGACAAGCCGUGGGCCGAGUUUGUGGUCGUGUCGAAAGGCGGACGCUUGAUUACCGGCCAGAACCCUGCGAGUGCCACAGCAACGGGAAAUGCCAUUGCCAAAGCGAUUAGCAAGCCGUGA